CGGGCUAUAAGCUAGUGUUGAUAAGAACCAGAGCAGCUUCACUGAGAAUGCUCUCACUCUCAAACCCUAACCCUAAUUUACCCAAAUCUCUCCUUUCUCAAUCUCCUUCUAAUUCAUCUUUUCCAAUUCUCAAGAAUCCCAAGAUGUUCUUUGCCCCCAACAACUCACCUCAAAAUCUCGCUUCUUCCACACCCUCUUCUGCUCCUACUUCACCCACCAAAUUGGCAGCUUCUGAUGCUCAAAACGACGUCGUUUUGGGGUCUACGCUCGUAGUUGUGUCGUUUUACAAGUUUGCUGACUUUCCUGAUCAUGCUGAUUUGCGGGCACCCCUUAAACAACUCUGCCGGCAGCUGUGUGUUUCAGGUGGUAUUAUUCUUGCACCUGAAGGAAUAAACGGAAGCAUAUGUGGAACAAGAGAAUCAGUAGAGAAAGUAAUUGGAUUCAUUCAAAGUGAUGAACGUCUUAUGGGGCUCAGACAAGUGGAGUCACCAGUAAGCCCUGAAGAAGAAGCUAUUCAUCAUGGACACACAAGCAGCUCUCCUCUUGCAGCAGGAGAAGAUGCACCUUUUAGAUGGGAUCACGUCAGAGUGAAGUUGAAGAAAGAGAUAGUUUCUUUGGGAAUGCCAUCUGUCUCACCUAUUGAAAAAGUUGGAAAGUAUAUUAGUCCAAAGGAUUGGAAUGCUCUGAUUAGUGAUCCAGAUACCGUAGUUAUUGAUGUUCGCAAUGACUAUGAAACUAGAAUUGGGAAGUUCAAAGGAGCCGUAGAUCCCACCACCUCAGCUUUUAGGGAGUUCCCGUCUUGGGUGGAUGAUCAGUAUCAGCCUGAUAAAGCUCAAAACGAAAUCGAAUGUGAUAAUUCAGCUGCGAACAUGAGCCAAACUGAAGGACCAAAACUGCCACCACGAGUUGCAAUGUACUGUACUGGUGGAAUCAGGUGUGAGAAGGCUUCAAGUCUUCUCCUCAGCAAAGGUUUUAAAGAGGUCUAUCACCUAGAAGGUGGUAUAUUGAAGUAUCUGGAAGAUAUUCCCAAAGCGAAAAGCCUAUGGGAGGGUGAAUGCUUUGUUUUUGACAAACGAGUCUCGGUUGAUCAUGGGUUAGUACAAGGGACUUUCAAGCUUUGCUAUGGGUGCAAGCAGCCAGUGAGUGAUGCUGACAUGGAAGCCCCAGAGUGGGAGUAUGGGGUUUCUUGUCCAUACUGCUAUUCAUCAAAAUCUGAAGAAGAGAAAGAGAGGGCGAGAGCUCGGCAAAGGCAAUUUGAGAAUUGGGGUGUAAUUGGAGGCCCUGAUAAGGGUCGUAGGCCUGCAAGAACAGUGGAUGGCAAUGAAAAAAGCAAAGCUGCCAACUCUAAUGUAUGAAUAUGCCAAAAGUGGCGUUUAAAACUCAAAUACAUGUUCAAGUGCUUAAUGCUGGAUUAGAAUAUAGAAAUGUUUUUGCAAGAGUCUCUUUGAUACAAUUUGUUUUGGUAAUUUGUCACCAGUGAGUGCAAGUUUGAGUGGUUAAUCAGUAUUGGAUGUUUUAAAUUUUGGGGUUACUUGUUUGAUGCACAUUGUAUCCAACAUUCAAAUCAUUAGUUAAACAAGUAUUUUAGCACUGGUGUUGCGUUCUCUUGGGCAUUAUAGACUUUUGUACUCUUGAAACAGUGUUUUAGGUUAAACUCUCCUAAAACAGAGUGAAUAGUUUAUAUAAACUAUCCAUGUUCUUAUAUAUCUAAAUGUGUCAAUGGUUGAUUC